AACAUAGGUGGCGGUAAUGUCCCUAUGGACUUCUUGACAGACGCAAAUUAAACCGAAGAAGAAGAAGAUCCGCAGUAGAAGCAGGAGCUCACGUACGCCUGGCGAGCAGGCGCUAUGGCAGGCAGUAGACUAGAGAGGUUUGGAACUGUAUUCACCAGGGUUCGGGAUCUGAUGCGCUCUGGAGUCUUAAAGCCAGCAGAGAAGCCCAUCUGGUAUGACGUGUAUGUGGCAUAUCCACCAAAGAGGGCCCCGGUUUACGUGAAGCCACUUACCAGACCAAGUCCCAAAAACGCAAAUACUGUGCCUGAAAUUUUCUACAGCGAGGAUAAAGUAAGAGCGAAGUUCUAUGAGCAGUAUGGGACUGGUCCUCGGCCUCUAGAUCUCUCUAAAGUGAACUUUAUUUCUACAUGUCAGAGGUUUGUAGACAGGUACAUGGAGUUAAAGAGCCACAAUGAGCAGUAUGACACUGCUCUGUUUGAGGAGACGGGGAAGGCUUUACUCCAAGAUGGCAUUGUGCUUCGGCGGAGAGGAUUUCCUGUAGUAGACUCUCUUCAAGUAAAAGUGGUUGCAGAGCCCAGGUCUGUUGGCUGAGCAGCAGUUGGUUGACACCAGCAGCAAAGAGUAAGCGGAUCCCACGAUACAGAGCUGAGCAGCAGAUUUUUUUGCUCCAGACCCUGACCUGGCACUGACUUAGAGAAGCCCUGGAAUUGCUGGUCAUAAAAGCACUUUUAUGUCAACAUUCAUCUUCAUUUUUGCUGCACUGAUUCCAAGACAUCCAGCACCACCACCAGGAUGUUGUUAGUAAAUGAUCACUGCUCAGUGCAUUGAAUGAUAUAAGUCUGCAAAUAAAAUUAAAAUCCUCUUCAUAUCUUGA